AUGUGGCGCCUUUUGUUGACGGCUCCUUGCAUCUUACAGCAUACGCAUGCAUUCACACUUUACCCCAGGGAUGGCCCUGAUGUUGUGGAGCUUAUGAUAAAUCGCAAAGAUGUCCCUGAUCCUGUGGGCAGAGAUAAUGUAAGGCGCAAACGUGACAAGACAGUUGGUCAGGUACUUGAUAAUGAGGAGAUGUUAUAUUUCUGCAACGUCACACUUGGGACGCCAAAUCAAAGCUUGCGCCUCGUUAUUGACACUGGAAGCAGCGACUUAUGGUGUAACGCGGCAAACUCGACUCUUUGCUCUUCGUCUAGAAACCCUUGCAGUGUUUCUGGCUCAUAUGAUCCAACACUUUCCUCAACAUAUGCAUAUACGUCUUCGGAUUUCAACAUUUCCUACGCAGACGGCACCGGAGCAACCGGGGCUUAUGUGACCGACAACCUCCAGAUCGGAGGCGCAACCCUAGAACACUUCCAAUUUGGCGUGGGGUAUUCCUCUAGCUCACCGGAGGGCGUUUUAGGCAUAGGGUACCCUUCUAAUGAGGUCCAAGUUGGUCGUUAUGGCAAAGAACCUUACCCAAAUCUUCCAUGGGCAAUGGUUAAGGCAGGACUACUCAAAUCCAAUGCCUACAGUCUCUGGCUCAAUGAUCUGGACGCCAACUCCGGCUCAAUCCUAUUUGGGGGGGUAAACAAAGCAAAAUACAACGGAGAUUUGCAAACCUUGCCCAUUCAAACUGUCAACGGUGGCUAUUCAGAACUAAUAGUGGCGCUUACGGCAGUUUCGUUGGAAUCAGAGUCAACGCAUCACAGUUACUCUUCGAAAUCACUCCCAGCUGCUGUUCUACUUGAUUCCGGGAGCUCCUUGACAUAUCUUCCAGAUGGUGUUGUCCAAGAUAUCUAUGAUGACCUCGGGGUGGUCUAUGAACCUUCCAGUGGUGCAGGAUAUAUACCAUGCAGUAUAUCGGAUGAUGAUAUCCAACUGGUGUAUACUUUUUCAUCCCCUAACAUAACAGUUGGGAUUGAUGAGCUUGUUCUUGAUGCCGGUGAUCUCCGCUUCCAGGAUGGCACACGUGCUUGUGUCUUUGGUAUUGUCCCUGCAGGUGACAGCACAGUUGUCCUAGGCGACACAUUUCUACGCAGUGCUUAUAUUGUAUACGAUCUUUCCAAUAAUGAGAUCUCCCUCGCAAACACCAACUUCAAUUCAACGGGGGACGAUAUCCUGGAAAUCGGUACGGGGAAGAAUGCAGUUCCUGGGGCCACCCGAGUGUCCCACCCAGUAACGUCUGUGGUGGCUGAUGGUCCUGGUGCUAGGAUUGGCGGGCCGACGGGCAGUAUCACGACUGAUCUGCCAUCUUCAGCAAGCAAAGGGAAAUUCCAUGCUGGUGUGCCAACUAGCAUUCUGAUGUAUCUGGGCUUGACGAUCUACAUAUUGGGGCAUCUGUGGACUAUUUGA